AUGAGGGGGAUAUUGCUGUGUGUUUGUAUAGUUAAAGAAGGCCAUGCGUGUGAUCCCCUGUGUUCAUCUGAGGGCUGCUGGGGUCCGGGACCCGAUCAGUGUCUGUCUUGCAAGAACUACAGUAGAGGAGGAACAUGUGUACCACACUGCAACUUCCUGUCAGGUGAAAAACGCGAGUUUGCAGGACCUAAAGGAGAGUGUAUGCCGUGUCACCAGGAGUGUGCGGUGCAGCACUACAAACACACCUGCAGAGGACCGGGUGCUGAUGAGUGUGAAGCAUGUGUGCAUUUGCAGGACGGGCCGUACUGCGUGUCCUCGUGUCCAGAGGGGGUUCAGGGGGAAAAUGGGCUAAUCAUUUAUAAGUUCCCCAGUGGCCAGCACAAAUGCCAACCAUGCCAUGCCAACUGCACCCUGGGAUGUUUGGGUCCAGGUCAGAAUGACUGUGUGGAUUCAUCCAGGUCAGCUGCUGGCUUGCCGGUGACAGCAAUAGUGCUGAGCGUUAUAUUCGGGGUGAUGGUCGCAUUCUCAGUGUUUGUGCUGAGUGUUCUGUAUCGCAGAAGUGUUGCUAUCCGCCAAAAACGUGCCAUGAGGAGAUAUCUGCAGAGUGGAGAGAGUUUUGAACCACUGGAACCCGGAGAAAAAGGCGUGAAAGUUCACGCUCGGAUUUUGAGAGGGUCUGAACUACGAAAGAUCAAACUUCUCGGCUCUGGAGUGUUUGGCUCUGUGCACAAGGGAGUUUGGAUACCAGAAGGAGACACAGUAAAGAUUCCAGUGGCCAUCAAGACUAUCCAAGACCGUACAGGACGACAGACCUUUCAGGAACUUACAGAUCAUAUGUUGGCUAUGGGGAGUUUGGACCACCCGUAUAUAGUGCGGCUCUUAGGCAUCUGUCCGGGACCCAGUCUGCAGCUGGUCACUCAGCUCAGUCCACAGGGGUCGUUGCUGGAGCACAUCCGCCAGCGCAAAGACGGUCUCAACCCUCAGAGACUGCUCAACUGGUGUGUGCAGAUUGCCAAGGGUAUGUACUAUCUAGAGGAGCAGAGAAUGGUCCACAGGAACCUGGCUGCCCGCAACAUUCUGCUCAAGAGUGACUUUAUCGUUCAAAUAGCUGAUUAUGGCAUCGCUGACCUCCUUUACCCUGACGACAAGAAAUACUUCUUCAAUGAAGUUAAGACGCCAAUUAAGUGGAUGGCUCUUGAAAGCAUCUUGUUCCGCAGAUACACACACCAGAGUGAUGUAUGGAGUUACGGUGUGACAGUCUGGGAAAUGAUGUCAUAUGGGGCAGAGCCAUACUCUGCUAUGCGACCACAAGAAGUACCUGAUCUGUUAGAGAAAGGGGAACGGCUUUCUCAACCUCAGAUCUGCACCAUCGAUGUCUACAUGGUCAUGGUCAAAUGUUGGAUGAUUGAUGAAAAUGUUCGGCCAACUUUUAAGGAGCUAGCCAAUGAGUUUACCCGAAUGGCCCGAGACCCUUCUCGGUAUCUUGUCAUCAAAGAGGAGUACAGAGCUCCUGACUCGGCCUCAGAUGAGUCCCAUCAGAGAGGAACUGAGAUGGACAUUCUAGGGGUGGCCCUGGAGGACCAGGAAGAUGAAGUCUUGGAAGAUACGAUAGACAUGCCACGCUAUAUAACACCAUCUAGAAGCUUCUCUAGACUGCGUAUUGAUUCUCAUCGGUCAAGUCUGACUCCCUCCAAUAUUGCUGGAUAUCUACCAAUGAUCCCUGGUGUGGAGAGCUCUGUACAGGCGGGAUGGGCUUCUCGUUCCCGACUGGACUCUGCGUGCACUGUUUCUGUGAGCUCGGAGGGACAGGGAACUGCAGUGGAACUGGAAAUGAACGAUGACUUCUCAUUGGUUGGCAGCAUGAGGAGGGUCACACAUCGCGAGGACAGCGCUUACAUGUCGCAGCGGGACAGCCUAUCAGGGCCUCCAGAAACAAUUUCCACAGGCGAAGAGGACCAAAGUGAAUAUGUGUUACCUGGAUUUGGUGAAAGCCCUGAGAAAGAAACUCUUCUAUUACCAUCAUCACGUUCAACACGUUCUCAAAGGAAACUGUCAAGAGGUCAUUCGGGUGACUUUUUAGAAGUCCGCAACGGUCCAGGUGAAGAAUACGAGUAUAUGAACAACCAGACUCUCUCACUUAGCCAUAUACCAGGGCUGCUUAAAGAUUACAAUCAGCGACCGCCCCGAAACCGCAGUGCCUCCUUCAACCCUGCAGGGUUGUACAGCAAUCACAAAUCUCAAGGGUCCGGCAGACCCAGUAAGAGGUCGUCGAUCGAGGGCUCAGAAAGUAGCGGAGGUCUCUCCCAGUCCUCGACUGAACAAAGGAGUCACAGCGAUGGCGAUUUCCUCUCCAGUGAAGCCGAGUACAUGGAUGCGGAUCUAGAUCUUCAGGAGGUUGAGUACGAGUACAUGGACAUCCAUGCUGGAGGAGGAGGAGGACCACCAACCAACAUGGUUGUCAAACUUCAUCUCCCAAGACCAGUUUCCCACCCUCUUCUCAAAAGAUCGCCACAAGACAAUGAAGACGAAUAUGUGGAGGAUGACUAUCAGUACACGAACAGCCAGCCUCGGCUGAGGAAUUCACUCAGGGUGCAGGGGUUAAUGGAAGGGGAAGGAGAAGUGUAUGAAUAUGAGGAUAUGGACUCGUUGGCUGCAGGUGGAGCCUCGGAAGCUGAAUACCAGAACAUGGAGGGAGAAGACGAGGAGAGUGUGGGACUGAGGGACGGGGAGUGUUCAGGGGGACCGGGGCCUGGAGCGUAUGUAAAAGUGCGUGCAGGGAUGGAACAUAAAGCUUUUGAUAAUCCUGACUACUGGCACAGCAGGUCGUUUCACAAAACCAAUGCUGUCCGCACAUAGAGGCGGAGAAUGGAUUGAAGGAACUUGAUGCAAAUGAACAAACGCAGGUUGAACUGUCUUCCGUGACCGAUGGUCAGGAUAUUAGUCAAUAAUGCACUCUACUGACACAGAUCCAUGAUAAAACUGAUACAACCAUGACAAAAUAAAUGUAUUUUGAUGUAAAAUGUAUUCUUGAUGUAAAAACAAAAAGUGCCAUUAAUGUGGUUUUAUUAGAGUCAAUAAGUUUUAUUAGACCAAAGGUUCAUUUUGCGCCGGAGGAAAGGUUCUGCAUUGAUGGUUCUAUAAAGAACCUUUAACAUUCAUGGAACCUUUCCAUUCCACAAAAGGUUCUCAAUGGUGGAAACUACAAAAGUGCUUGUAAGAAAAGAAAAUAAGAAAAUAAUUAUUCUUAAAGGUUUUAGAGGCCAAUUCACACUACACCGACAGACGCAGACUAACACGGACAAUCACCAGAUUACAGCCAAUUUUUAUACAUUCCACAACCCAACAGACGAUUGAUCGGCAAAAACAAAAGCUGACUGAGCAACAGGGGUAACACAUGGAUCCAAGCAAACCUGACGAAGUAUCUGUUGUCCUUGGUCGGCGUCUGUCAGUGCAGUGUGAAUUGGCUUUAGGGAACCCAAAAUGGUUCUUCUAUGGCUAGGAUGCACAAUCCUGUUCCUGGAGAUCUACCUCCCUGUAAAGUUCAGUCCCACCUCUGAUCAAACCCAACUGAAGCAGCUGAACUCUUGAUAGUCAGGUGUGUUUGAUCAGGGUUGAUCUCAUAGAUCUCCAGGAUCGGACACCCGUUCUGUGGCAUUACUGUGAAAACCCUCUUUUAGAACCUUUAUUUUUUAAGAGUGUAUGGUGGAGGUCCCUGAAUUACCAGAUUAAUGAGCUUCAUGUUGAAAGCACUGAUUUUUACAUUAGGCUACAUCUUGAUGUGUAUGUAUGGUAUGUAAGAGUGUGGUUACUUAAAAUGUUCUGUUAAUGCCAAGUUUGUGUAACUCAUCGAGUGAAGCCAUAAGUUUGCUGUUUGUGCUUUUGUGUUCUUCUUAAAUAUAUGUUAUCUAGUGUUCAUGAAGUGCCCAAUUCAGUCAAUAGCUGUUACUGCCACACCACUGUGCGUCUGUUCAGAUUGCACUCGAAUGAUCCCCCAAUGUCAAAUCUGGGAUAUUUACAUUUGGAAUUUAUCAAAUAAUUCUUUGAUAAUGUCAGUAUAGCAUAAUUGGCUGAGUUUGGGUGAAGUUGUUUUUCUUUAAGAGGUGUUGUGCAUGCCUUAUGAACAAAUCAUAAUGAAGUACUUGUAUUAUAUUUCAAAUGAAAUGGCCAGUAAACAAGCUUUUACAGCGAAACUAUAGUUUUGUACAAACAUAUCAAACUAAAGUAUUUUCUCAACUUUGUAACAGUUUGAAAUGAUUUUUAUUUACUGUUUGAAACCUGUUGUCUUACACUUUUAAUAAAAAAAUGUUUCUAUAUAAA